AUGAUAACCUUCCAGGGAGUUAGAGGCGAGCCACCCAAUUCGAAAUCCACCAAAUUUACGCUUCUCGAUUUCAAAUCCUCGGUGGACUCGGUGUAUGUCAAGGAAUUUCGACGCCUCAAACCUGACGACAACAUUUACAAUUGUGAAAUCGUCAAAGAAGUUCGUGCCCUGUAUGUGGAUGUGAUUAUCAAUCAAUUGAAUCGAAAUCGUGAGGUCUAUCGUCUCAACAACAUGGAGGGCUGUAUAUUUCUUUCGAAUCCUCUGUUUAAUAGGAUUUUUUAUAGUUUCUAUGAAAAUUUAUUGGUGAAUCGUAGCAAUCCCAUGAAGUGCCCGAUUAAGAAGGGUUCGUAUCUCUUUCGCAAUGCCUUCACAAAGAGUGCUUUGCCUCAAAUCCAUCCAAAGGGUAAUUUUACGCUAAAUUUACGUUUGAAGUCGAAUACCCAUGAUGAGAUUAUGUUGGAUUUGCAGUGGCUAUAUCGGAUGGCCAAAUAA